GGAGGAUCAUUUUGGAUGUUUUUCUGUUGUGUCUCUCAGGCUCUCGGGUUGGACCAGGAGAGCACUAAGGCACUUUUCCGGAGGGCCCAGUCCUGGCAGGGGUUGAAGGAGAACAGCCAAGCCAUGGUUGAUCUGAAGAAAGCGCACGCAGUAGCUCCAGAAGACAAAGCUGUCAGCAAAGAGUUGAAGAGAGUUCAGCUGAUCAUCCAGCUGGAGAAGGAGAAGGAGAAGAAAAUCUAUGCCAAAAUGUUUGCGUAAAUACCUCGCCUAAUGCAACGAAUUCUCUCUUUAGCAACGUUUAUCGAUAUAUGAAUUCAUGUGUGCGUGGGGAGCUGCACUCGGUCCGUCAGCAGGUGAAGUGUUUUCAGUUUGCAGGUCUGUUCAUGUUUUCAAGCUGCCACAUCUCAGCGUCUGUGUUGUUUUAAGGGAAUAACUGUUGUAAGCUUCGACCUGUCUUAAUACUGACACGUGUCCUCACUGUAAUGAAUAGUUUGAGCGUUAGUCUGAUGCAUGGCUGACUCCACUGCUCUGAAAAAGUGGGUUAACAUUUAUCACCGGCCCUUGUUCCAGGGGCUUGAAGUAGUUCAGCAAAGCAUUUACUGUAUAUGUUGUUAAGUUUCACGCUAAGGAUUUUUGAUACAGUGCCCUUAGCCACACAACCUACAUCAACCUGUCUUUAUUUAUGUUUUUUACAGAAUUAAACAAAAAGGACAACAGUCAAAAGUGCUUUAUUCGUUAGUGUGAUAUCAUCAAAUGAUUUUAUGUACAAUACUGAGCAGAUCAAAUGCUGUCCAAAUAUUCCUGGAAUAAAUGCUGAAUAAACCUGAAUUUGAGA